AUGGCGAACAUGGAAGCGCCCGAGAGGCUUGCUCUCAUCCGUGAGAAUCUCAUCGAGAUCCUGAAUCCAGAGAUCAUCGAGAAGAUCGUCGCCGAGGGGGGGCACCCCAAGAUCUACUGGGGUACCGCUACUACAGGUCGCCCUCACUGUGGUUACUUUGUCCCCGCCAUCAAGAUCGCCCAACUGUUGGCUGCCGGCUGCGAUAUGACCAUCCUCCUUGCCGACAUCCACGGUUUUCUCGACAACCUAAAAGCGCCCUUGGAGCUUGUUGCACACCGCGUCAGCUUCUAUCGACUAGUUAUACUCGCGAUUCUUCAGGCCGUGGGGGUGCCGACUGAGAAACUCCGGUUUGUGCAGGGAAGCUCGUACCAGAAGAGCCCAGAGUAUGUCAUGGACGUUUACAAACUGUCGUCUUUGAUAUCGGAACAUGAUGCCAAGAGAGCUGGGGCCGAAAUAGUUAAGCAGACAGACAAUGCACCUUUGUCUGGCCUGCUUUACCCUAUCCUCCAGGUCCUUGACGAACAGUACCUAGAUGUGGACGCCCAAUUUGGAGGUCUUGAUCAGCGCAAGCUGUUUGUUGCUGCGAAGGAGUGGCUACCCAAGAUUGGAUACAGAGAGCGCGCCCACCUAAUGAACCCGCUAGUUCCUGGGUUAAAAGGUUCGAAAAUGAGCUCUAGUGACGAAGACAGCAAAAUCGACCUCCUAGAUUCUCCAGAGGCUGUAGCAAAGAAGAUCCGCAAAGCCGUUGCUGCUCCUAAAGUUGUCGAGGGAAACGGUCUCUUGGCCUUCGUUGAAUACGUCCUUCUUCCUGCGUCAGCUUUGCGUGGAAAUCAAGGAUUCCAUGUUGACCGCGAACGAGAUGGACUGGAACCACUGGUCUAUACUACGAUUGCCCAAGUCCACGAAGACUACAAGAAUGACGUGCUGUCACCUCAAUUGUUAAAGGGUGCAGUAACAAAGGCCUUGAAUGACCUGCUGGCGCCUAUUCAGGCAGCAUACCAGGCUUCAAGCGAAUGGCAGGAAAUAGCACUGAAAGCAUACCCGCCGCCGCCGAAAAAGGAGAAGAAGGUCAAGAACAAGGGCACUCGCCACCCGGGAGCUAAGGAGGAAUAG